UGACAGCCUGUACCUGUGUGCAUUGUAUCUAUUCGAGCUUUCUUCUCUGGCAAAGUCCAUGCUCAAGGAAAGCCAACCACCGCACAAUUAAACAUGUCACUCAAACAGAUGUCCAUUGCUCGCCCUUUCACCAAAACUGAUUAUCACCGGGCGCCAUCCACCGAGGAUGCUGCAGACGUCCUGGGCACAUCCGAGGGGCAUUCCCCCCAACGCAAAAGGCUGCGGGGAGCAGCCUUUACACUUAUCAACAUAGUGUUUCUCGCGAUGAAUCUCGGCUUCUUUGCAUUGAUCUACAAGCACAGAAAUGGCAAAACACCGGAGAUUGACUUCGUCAUUCCGCAAUUGCAACGGGUCCUGAAUCAUGAAGUCGAAAUUAUUGAUGUUGGGAUCGGACAGACUUCUCCGUACGCCCAAGAUACCCCGGAGGCCGAUCGACUAUGGCGUGAGAUCAGUCAAGAUGGGCCAUACGGAUGGAUCAAGGUCGACAAGGCAGACCUUGAUCGCAUCAACCAAACGUCCGUGCGCUUGGAGGACGGAUCAGGGUAUCUUGCUGGGCUGGAAGUGUAUCAUGAGCUGCACUGCUUGAAUUGGUUCCGCCGCAAGAUCCUGGGCCGUGAGAUCAAACUCCAGGAGGAUCCGACGCCCGAGUACCAUCUGGGCCACUGCCUCGAUAUUCUGCGACACAGUAUCCAAUGCCACGCAGAUCUGAGUCUGAUGCCCGUUCGCUGGGUCGAGGGCUAUCCCUUCCCGUGGCCGGUCUUUCAAACCACCCGCACCUGCCGGAACUGGGACGACAUCUUCGCCUGGACGAAGGAGCACUCCAUCGGCGCUGCCGGGCGUGUGGUGCAUCCCCAUCUCGGACCCGUCGACGGGAAGGACUUUGACCCGGAGACGUUGCCUCGUCCGGGCCAUAUUGUCUACAUUGAUGAGGACUAACUGACAGGAGAAGGUUGCAGAAAGUAGUGCUCAUGUCGGAUGUCAGACUGAAUGCUAGAGUACACCCUUCGCCACGAUCUUUUCACUAGUCACAUGGUUUUUGUCACGCAAUCAAUAUCCUCAUUCCCA